ACAGAAUCACAAUGGCCUUGAACACUUCCAACCUCUUCCUAACUCUCACUGCUCUCACUGCCCUGACCAUGCCAUUCAUGGCUUCUGCUUAUCGACCCUUGGUGACGAAUGACCCAACCGGAUCAGAUCCAAGCCUGGCAGCUAGGUUGAAUUUGGAUGGAGAAUCCUCCAACUGCUGGGAUUCUUUGCUUCAGCUCCAGUCAUGUAGCGGUGAGGCUAUAAUGUUUUUCUUGAAUGGCCAGACUUCUUUGGGUGAUGGAUGUUGUGAAGCUAUUCGGGUAAUCGAGCACCAGUGUUGGCCUGCCUUGCUCGGCUCGCUAGGGUUUACCACGGAAGAGACUGAUAUUCUCAAAGGUUAUUGCGACGAGGCUGAACAAACUCAUCAAUAUUCUCCUCCGUUGAUACCAUCACCACCGUCCGUUUUUCAUCCUAAUAGAGCAGUUCACGUUCCUUAUCAGGCUGAUAUGGCUCCUUGAAGAAUCCAGUUAUGCUAAUCUGGAAUAAAUAACUUUGUAUGGUUUGUUUGCUGCUCGUAAUGUCUUAAUUCUCUCACACUUAUGAGGUGUAUAACUAAUGAAGAGUACUAUUGAAUAAACCAAAAUAAUAAUCGUAUCAGU